AUGAGUGUAAACUUGAAAAGAGAAGCUGUUAAUACAAAAGUAGCGAGAUGUGUAACUGUACUGGUUUUCAAACCUACUUGUUUCUCAUUAAAGUCUAUACCUGAUUCGGUACUGACUCAUCUUAUUAAUAUGAAAUUUAUACAAGUUCGAUGCAGUAUUGGGUAUUCACAUGUGGGAAUUGGUGAUUCUACAUUUAUUAAUAUGGGCAUAUCAGAGGACCUGGGCAGUAAUUGUUGGAUAAAUGUUCACAAUAACGCCAACUCACCAAAUACUCAAGGAGUAUUAAUACAACAUCAACGCAAAGUCACCAACUCAAAACAGCCACGAAUCAACACAUACUCAGAAGUAUUAAUACAACACCAACUCAAAGUCACUAACUCAAAACAGACACCCGAAUCAACACAACACAUCACAUACAGCACCAAUUCAAACCACCCGAAUCAACACAACUCAAGGAGUAUUAAUACAACACUAACUACCCUCAAAACAGCUAACACGUACUCAAGGAGUAUACCAACUCAAAAUCACCAACUCAACACAUACUCAAGGAUAAUUACUAUAACACCAACUCAAAGUACCCAACUCAAAACAGCCACCCAUCAAGGAGUAUCAACUUGA